AGCGCCUGUUUGCAAUGUGGUUGGACGCAGCAGUAGGACGCAAACGCAUGGAGCUGAAAGGUACCAUCUGGAGCUCGCACUGAGCCGUGCGACGCAGGAAGAAGCUAAGGCCGAGCGAAACCAGCGAGCAUGAAGGCCGACAAAAGGAUCGAGAAUGACCUUGGCUGCAAGCCGCAGACUACGGGUGUCGUCAUAGUCGGUAAUGGACCGGCAGGGAUCAGUCUGUCGUACCAGCUCGCAGGAAACCGGCCGUAUUUCAAGGGGCGGUCGCAUCACGACGACAUUCUCAACCUGAAGCUGCAGGAGAAGCUGAAGGUGUCGCUGGUGGAUCAGGACAUCGAGUAUCUCAGCGAAGGACUAGAGGGUCGCUCCAGCAAUCCCGUGGCGCUCCUCUUCGACACGCUCGCGCGACCUAUGGCUGACCUUGGGCAGGACCAUGAAACGCAUCUAAGCUGGAAGUAUGAGAGCAGCGAAGCCAUACCACACGUUGUCCUCGGGAGAGGACCGCCAGGAGGAGCGUGGCAGAUGAUGAAAGGAGAGAUGCUGACGUUAAGCCUGGGUAGCUGGAUGGAGCUACCCGACUGCAGCUUCAAACAGUUCCUACAUAAACUACACGUCGCCAACAGCAGCGGCCGGCCACGCUCCGGGACGAUGACGGGCAUGCCGCCACCAGGGGUCGUGCCGAGCGUGAAUCGCGCUUCGGUCGCCGACGUCGCCAGCUACUACCAGCACUACGUUCGCGCAAACAAGCUCGAGCCGUUCUUCCGCGACGCGUGCACGGUCACGUCCGUCCGCAGGCUGCCCGCGAGGGGGCACCACGUGUAUGACUGCGAGAGCGGCGAGCUGGAGACAGACGGCUGCUGGGAGGAGGAGAAAGGAGAGGACGAGGAGGACGAGGAGGAGGAGGGGGAGGAGCCGUUGUGGGAGGUGCGCGGCUUCGAGGACCGUGGCAGCGGCGCUGUGAUGCCCUUCUGCUACCACGCCGCGAACGUGGUGCUCGCGACGGGCACGUUCGACCGGCAAAACCGGCUCGCCGUCGACGGCGAGUCGUGCGCGAUCGUGCACCACUCGGUCGCCGAGCUCGGCGCGCUGCUCGCGAGCGGUGACCUCGCGCGCGACCCCAACCCCGUGCUGAUCGUCGGCGCGGGGCUGAGCGCGGCCGACGCGGUGCUGGCGGCGCUGGAGCGCGGCGUGCGCGUGCUGCACGCGUUCCGGCGCGACGCGCGCGACCGCGAACUCGUGUUCGCGCGCCUGCCGACGGCGCUCUACCCGGAGUACCACCGCGUGCACGCGAUGAUGCGCGGCGACGAGGCGGCGGCGGCCGGCGGCGGCUACCGCGCGUUCGCGCGCCACCGCGUGCACAGCAUCCGCGACGACGGCCGCGUCGUUCUCGCGAGCGUUGACGGCGAGAUGUUCACGACGGUGCGCACGUCGCGCGUCGUCGUGCUCGUCGGCUCGGCGCCCGACCUCGCGUUCAUGCCCUCCGGGGGGCGCCACCUCGGCGUGCACGCCGACCAGCCGAUCGACGGCAAGCGCAACCGCUUUGAUGCCGACUGCGUGACGUACGAGAGCGCGAAAGAGCGCGGCCUGUUCGCGAUGGGCGCGCUCGUCGGCGACACGUUCGUCAGGUUCAUCGUAGGGGGCGCUCUCGGCAUCGCGGCGACGCUCGCGCGCCGGCGAAAGCUUCUCGCCGCGGAGCGGUAGCAUUUAACCGAUCUCUUGUUUUAGAGAGACUACCGUCGUGCGCUUGGCGAUUGUGUAUACGGUUUUUCGUAUUUCGGCUUUUGCACGUGUGCGUCGUGUUUCUAAUUGACUGUGAUAGUGGGUUUGUCGUCACCACGUAGUGCAGCUGCGGGUUAGGUGCGAAAUAAUAUAUCUAAAAAGUGCAUAAAUGUAAACGAAACGCAAACAGGGUGUGAGAGAUGUCGUAAUGCGGUUGUUUUAAAUAACCGAGUUCGAUCGUGUCAAAAACUGCGUAAAUCCUUGAGUUGUAGUCGAGCUUGCAGAAAUUUUAAUUCAUAUCAGUUAUUGUUAGUUUGCAGACAUAUCUCGUUGGUUAACGCACAACAGUCCCAAAGGGGCUGGACAUAUCAUCGAGAUAUUAUAUAGGGAUACAACCGUUAUCAGUGUCCCUCCCUUCUGUUGAUGUUUAUUUCUUGAUUUAAGAAAAUACCUUUAAAUGGUGAACUAAUGUAAAGAACCAAUGACCAGUUAUGUUGGUUGGCCAGAGGUGUAGAUAUAUAGAUACUGAAUGCACUUGCACUCAUAAAUUGUUUUUCUAGCACAAAUUAUUUUAUUAUGUAUUGUGCUAAUACUGUAAAAUUAUGAGUUGGAUGAGCAGGGACUAAAAAUAGUGAAAAUGCAUAUUGAAACAUCAGGGAAGUCUCGAGUUAGUUGUGUCAGACAGGGUCUGAAGGCAUGAAGCAUACUGUGAGGAAAGGGGGAAAUUGUUUCGUAAAUCUGUUCGUAUUUUUAUAAAACAUAUUUUAUAUAGGUUCAAAUUUG